AUGGACUGGUUCUCCUGGCUGUCAAAAAGCGGCCUCCACCGCUCGCUCACAUACAAGUAUGGUCUCAUAUUCACUCGCAAUGAGCUCGAAGAGGAGGAUUUGAAAUCCUUCAACCAUGAAUUCCUCCAAAGCAUGAGGAUCUCCGUAGCCAAACACAGGCUAGAGAUUCUCAAACUUGCCCGAAAGGAGGUUGGAGAUGUCCCGCGAAGCGUUUUGAGGCUCUUUUUGGCCAUCAACAAGGCCAGGCAGAGCUUCAAAAAAAGCAUUGGCAAGUGGGCUCUUUUUAGGGAUUCGGAUAGCUCCCCUCUGCCAGAGUUAACCCCUUUCCAGGCUCAUUGGACUGGAGCCCUAAGGAAGCACCAUAGUUCAAAGGAGUUCAGCCAAGAGAAGGUUAUGGUCACAAAUAGAAGCAUAAUGAGGUCUGGACCUUUGGAUAGGAGGAGCCAUGAGAGAAUGAUGGUGACAAGUAGGAGCCUAAGUGUUUCUGGGCCUCUAGAUGGGAAAAUGCAAGAGAGAUCCAUAAACAGAAGCCUGGUAGUAUCGGUCCCAUUGGACAGUAGAGUUCAAGAGCGAUUGUUUUUUGUCAACAAAAGCCCAGAUAUGUCAUGGCCUUUGGAAGAAGGUGGUUUGGGCCCAAGGGUCAAUAAUCACUAUGGCAAAGAAAAAAUGGUUGGUGAUGAUGAUGGAGUUCAGCCACUAUGGUCUCUUUUGUUUCAAGAUAUAAAACCCACUUGA